AUGUUAUGUUUCUUUUUGAUAACAGAAAAUGAAAGAAGGCACGAUGCGGAGAAGCAAUCUUCUCGGGAUGAUCGAGCACGGCCACGCAGCCGAUCUCCCACAAGGCGACGUAUGUAUGAUGAGAGAAUGGAAAAGAAAAAGGAACGUUCUCGUUCGCCGAACAGAUCUCCGCCGCGCCGAAAAUUUACGGAGCGAAAGGAGGAGACUCGAAAGCGUAGUAGAAGCAACGAACGUCGCAAAAGGUUUGCAUAUCUUUGUUUUUAUGGUUAA